AUGAAGUGCUGCUUCGGCUUUAAGCUCUUUGGUUCCAAGCCAGAUCCCCUUGUCAGCACUGAUGCGUCUACUGUUGAUACCGAAGAAGUAUUAAUAAAUACUGAAGGUCCCAAAGACGGCAACAAGUCCUCCAAAAAGAAGAAUUUCUUAUCCAAGUUCACAUCCAAAAACAGCAAGACGGAAUCCAACGAUACUACUCCGACUGAAUCGAACCUACCCAAGACUCUGCUCGUGAUAGCAAACAAACCAAAGGUGGAUUCUUACAUUGGACUAUCGUUGAAGAAGUACAAACGCAAAAAUAACUGUAUACUGGUUCAUGCAAUCAAUCCAAAGGGUCUCUUGACCGGAAGUCGAUUAAAGCAAGGACAAAAGGUCAUUUCCAUCAAUAACAUUGUCUGCCCGGAAGACCUCAAGAGCGCUAUUGAUUUGCUCAAGACGGCACCGGCUGGACCAUUGCGAAUUGAAGUGGAGGAAGUACAAGACGUGGAAGAGAGUUCGUAG